CUGAGACUUGGCGUCCUCGAGUCAGGGCUUUUCAGACAUCCCAAGCACACGCACGCGCACACACCUGCCCUACUAGGCAGCUCUCAAACGCGUCACUCGGGUAGACGUGACUGACUUGGGGGUGCUGUGGCUAUUGCUGCAGGUGGUGGUGGCAAAGGAGGCGAAAAGGCGUGCCAAGGGCGCGAGUCGGAUUCUGCGAGGCGCAAGCUCGUAGCGAGCGAGGCAAGAGGGGACGGCGGUAGCAGAGCGAGGCGAAACGGGUAGGAUGCUGACGGUGGACGAAGGGCAGCGGCUGCUCCGCUUGCUUCGUGUCAUGUCGUAUGCGUCGCUGGUCUCUUCGUUUCUGGUCGUGCUUACGUUUGCGGUGUUCCCAACGAAGCGGUCGUCGCUGGGGCAAGUCCUCACGCUCUGUUUCUGCCUCUCUGCACUCGGGCUCACCGUUGGGCUGCUGAUCAGCACGUCGUGGGUGUCGCUCGAACAAGUGUUUGCCUCACGGUCUCUUUGCCAUUUGCAAGCGGUGUUCAUCCAGUUCUUUGGCUCGUCAUGCAUCAUUUUCUUUCUGCUCAUCGCAGUCAACCUCUACCGCAUGGUGGUGCGAAAGGGCCUGCACGUGCUGUCUCUGACACGGCGGGCAGCAGCGCUUGAGCAGCGGCGGGCAGAUGCACUCUCUGUGGUCUUUACAUGGCCUGUGCAGGUCUCGAUCGGGUUUAUGUACGCGGUAGUCAUGACGCUCAUUCCGCUAGUGGCCAAUGGCUUUGGCCCGCACCACAUGUACUGCUGGAUUUCAGGCGACGACUGGGGCUUUAUCUUUGGUACGCUCUACGCUGAGAUGCUCGGCUGCCUGCUUGUGGGUGGCUUUCUCUGGCUGCGGAUCGUGUAUCUUGCGCAGCGGAUCCACGCGUUGGCGGCGAAGCGGUCGGCGGCGCAGCGCGAACGGGCCAAGCUUCUGGACCGCAACUCACGAAGCGGGAUGGCUUCAAGUCACGCCUCGGCCCCACUGCUAGGCUCGCCGGCGGGUGGAAACGCAAGUCUGCCGGGUGUGACUAGCGGAAGCAUGCGGAGCGAGGCCUCGCCGCCGAUGGCGCUCCUCGGCUCACCGCACCCGCCGACAGCAACGAUUUCGACGGCAGGCUCAUCAGGCAACUCGUCGGGCCUGAUGGUGGCGCGGCACCUUGCAUUUGUUGCUUGGUUUGCCAUUGUUUUCUCCAUCAUGGCCUCCAACGAACUGUACAUGUACUCGGGCCACAUCUCGUACACCUUUUGGGUUUUUCACGUCCUCGCCCUUGGUGGCAUCGGCGUUUCGACGCUGAUCACAUGCGGCUGCUCCAAACUCAACUAUCGGCUCUGGCGCAAUCUGAUCGUCUCGUGCUGGUCGUCGCCUACCGCCGUCUCGGCAGUUAACUCCCCUGGCCUGCCGUAUGCCCAGACCUCACCGUACGGCUCGACACGGCGGUCGUAGUGGUUGCUGUUAGCGCGCGUAGACACGCGCGGGGUCCGGGUACGGAAUUUAACGAAAGAAAAGAAGCUCAGGCCGUAGACGAGCUUUGUGGCCUGAUCUGUGCAAACAAAGUGGUGGAGAGCGA